UGUUCUAAAUUCAUUUUUAAUAUCCCAUGGUAUUUAGAAAUAAGAAUUGAUUUUUAAAAGUGCAUUACUUUUACUAAAAAAAUUUGAUUUAUUAAGAAAUUACUUUUUCUUUUUUGAUUGUGUAUUUAUGUUUUGACAACUUAUAUUUGAAGUUUUUUUUGCUUAAUUUUUCAAAAUGUACCCUAAUCAGUAUCCACAACAAUAUUCUCAAUACAAUCAACAAUAUCAACAGUAUUCCCAAAAUUAUUAUCCAGUUUACAAUUAUAAUCAACAACCUACGAAUAGCUAUAACACACCUCCACCAACUCAAACUGGAACAACAUAUAUCAGCCAAAAUGUACCUGUUCAACAGCCACAAGUUUCUUCUCCCAAUCAAAAUGUCUCUAGUUUGUGGAUGGGAAGUUUAGAACCUUAUAUGACUGAAAGUUUUAUUACAGCAGCUUUUCAAAAAAUGGGUGAAUAUCCUAAAAAUGUAAAAUUAAUGCGUAACAAAAAUACUGGCGAGACUGCAGGAUAUGCUUUUGUUGACUUUUAUGAUCCUGUAUCUGUAAUGCAUAAACUAAAUGGGAAAUAUAUUCCUGGCACUAAUCCACCUGUAAGGUUUAAACUUAAUCAUGCUGGAAAUCCAGGAAAGACUGCAGCUAGUGAUCGAGAUUUUUCUGUAUGGUUAGGUGAGCUGAGUUCUGAUGUAGACGAUUAUCAAUUAUAUAAAACAUUUGCGUGCAGAUAUCAGUCAAUACGUACUGCCAAAGUGGUAUUGGAUAGUGCUGGUUAUAGCAAAGGAUAUGGAUUUAUUCGCUUUGGAAGUGAAGAAGAACAAAAACAUUGUCUUAAUAACAUGAAUGGAUUUCCUGGAUUAGGAUCAAAGCCCAUAAAAGUCAGCAGUGUUAUUCCGAAGUCUGAGAGACAUAUUGUUGUAGCUUCAAAUGAUUCUCAGGGCUAUAAGUCGACUCAAGAUUAUGGGCAAUAUUUUGAAACGAAUUAUUGGCAUCGAUAUUCAAUGUGGAAUCAAACUCAAGGUCAAAAAUGUGUUCCUAAGCCUGAAUCAAUUAGUGAAUCAUCUAACAUCAAAACUAAUAGCAAUCUGACCCUUGUUGAUUAUAAAAAAACAAUUGAUAUAGAUGCAUUAAAUAAAGAAUUAAUUUCUCAAGACUAUAAUCUUUGGGAUGCAUUAGAAAGUUCUAAAUGGCUUCCACUUGAAACUAUUGAAGUUAUUUAAACAUUAAAUAAAAUUUUAAUUAAUUAGUAAAUAUGUAUUUUUAAAUCAAAUAUUUUGAUUUCCAUUUUUAUAAAUAAUAAAAAAAUUUCUACCUAAAGAAUUGUGUGAUUAAUUUAAAAAAUAAAAAUUGUAUUUCUUA